AUGGACCCAACCACCCACCUGGUGGCUCACGGUGGUCCUGCAGCAGCAGUAACCUCCAACAGCAAUAAUACAGCAAAACCCCACUCGGUUGUCGAUCUUGGCGGCUAUCACGGCGAACACGUCAUUACCAGCAGCGGGGCUGCGACGGCGGAAAUCCAUGGCGAAGCAGCAACGAUUGAAGUCAUUCCCAUGGUUGCGGCGGCUGGGGACCUUUGCUCCGACUUGGUCUCCAACAAAGCUCUUGGUCAGAAAGGUGGCGCAAGGUUGCUGGCUUCGUUGGUCUUACUCGUCGGCGACUGA